AUGGAUCUGAUGCCAGGAGUGUUGCGGAAUACGCAGAAUUUGAUCGAAUUGAUGGAGAGCAUGGGGCCGGCUGGUCAUCUACUGCACCAACUGCAGGAUGAAAAGGCUGCGCAACUUGACACCAUGAUGCAAACGGACACAAUCCCGCUCAGCCCGCCGGCCAAUUUCGAAAACCUGCACAAACUGUCCACCGCCUCAGCCCCUGCUUCGGCAAAUCCAAGCCAAACCAACCUCACCGAACAGAAAAACAUGGCGCUCGAGAAUCUGGAGCGACCAUCGCUGUCUUACAAGGAUUUGAUCAUUGAAGCCAUUGAAAGCAGCCCCGAGAAGCGGUUGAAGCUCAACGAGAUCUAUCAGGUGAUCCGCGUCCUCCACCCCUACUACCGACUACGCCCUGACCAAUGGGGAUGGCAAAACUCAAUCCGGCACAAUCUAUCCCUCCAUGAUUGCUUCGUUAAGCUACCACUGAAGCAAACAUCCGCCAGCGGUGUCGUUGGUCACUUCUGGACGGUUGUUCCGGAACUCGCCGACAAGCAGACCCUCCGGAGACGCUCAAGGCCAACCCCGAAGGCCCCCGGGUCGCGAUCUGCAGGAGGACGAGCGCAUUCGGCGCGUGAAGCACCGACAACGGAAGAUCUUGGAUCUGCCACGUCGAGCGAUGCUUCGCCGUCACCAUCGUCGGCCACUUCCUUCUCGCCCCCAACGGACAUCCCGAAGCCGUCGCCGAUGUACGCGUCAGAUCUGCUUGGGACGCUCUUCGGAGAGUUGACAAAGUCACUGCACACGCAGGUCGCUUUCAACAACUAUGCUACAAACUUCUACCAACAAGGUCUGCUCAGCCAACUCGCGGCAAUGGCCCAGCAGCAAACACCUCCUCCCACCCCAGUCACGCCAUUAAUGCCUGGCCUGGCGUCUCCGGGAGCCCUGCUCUCAUCCCUCCACAUCAAUCCCCUCCUGGCCCUAUCAUCAUUGGCCACUGGUGGCGUACUUCCACCUCAACCCGGCUCGCCAAUGACCCAUUCCACAGCUACACUCUACAACACCAGCAACCUCACACCUCCAAUUAUUUCCCCGAUCGCUCGAUCCCCCUCAAGCCCAUCCAACACCAUCCCCACACAGCUCUCGAUGGUCCAAGACACAAAUUAUGUCAUC